AUGCGCCGCUCAGAGUUUAGGGUGGAGAGUUAGCCGUUAGCACGGAGAGCUAACAGCCAGGGACAGUGUGUAAUGGCGGCCUCGGUGUUGCUGGGCUCUGUGGUCAACACCGGACACAACUUCACGGUUGGAGGCGGCAGCGGGAAUGUUUUAGUCGGGAAUAAUACCGGAGUGGGACCGGCAUCUUGGAACCGUUCUCUGGACCGGGCGCUGGACGAAGCCUCGGCCACCGGGAGCCUGAACCUCAGCGGCAGGAAGCUGAAGGAGUUCCCCCGGAGCGCCGCCAACCACGACCUGACGGACACCACCAGGGCCGAUGUGUCUCGUAACCGUCUGCCGGAGCUUCCUCUGGAGGUUUGUCUCUUUGUGUCUCUGGAGAGUCUGAACCUUUACCAGAACUGUCUGAGGACUCUGCCAGAGAGUCUGCUCAACCUGCAGGCCCUCACCUACCUGAACCUCAGUCGGAACCAGCUGUCUAUCCUCCCUGCAGUGGUCUGCAGUCUCCCUCUGAAGGUUCUGAUCGCCUGCAACAACAAACUGGUUUCUCUUCCAGAAGAAGUGGGACAGCUGAGACACCUCACCGAGCUGGAUGUGAGCUGUAAUGAGAUCCAGACGCUCCCGUCUCAGGUGGGUCAACUGGAGGCUCUACGAGACCUGAACAUCAGGAGGAACCUCCUGGUGCACCUACCUCCAGAGCUGGCCGAGCUUCCUCUGGUGCGUCUGGACUUCUCUUGUAACAAAGUGACGUCCAUCCCCGUCUGUUACCGGAAGCUCUCUCAGCUGCAGAGCAUCGUCCUCGACAACAACCCUCUGCAGACGCCACCUGCACAGAUCUGUAUCAAAGGGAAGGUGCACAUAUUUAAGUUUCUGAACCUGGAGGCCAGCAAGACGACGCCGGAACUACCGGACUACGACAGACGACCUUUGACCUUCAGCUCCUGCGUGGACGAGCUUUACCCCGGACGUCCGUACGGAGCACUGGACUCUGGCUUCAACAGCGUCGACAGCGGAGACAAGAGAUGGUCGGGGAACGAGCCCACAGAGGAGCUGUCAGAACUGCCGCUGAGAGUCGCUGACAUCAGCAGAGAGCAGAGACAGAGAGGAACUCUGCUGGCUAACGGCACACAUGUGGAGCUGGAGCAGAUAGACUUCAUCGACAGCUGUGUGGGGGAGGAAGAGGAGGAGGAGGGGAGGAGUCGAGCUGCAGGCGGGGGGGACGGCGCCAGCCUCAGCUCUCAGUUCAUGGCUUACAUCGAGAGACGCAUCACCAGAGAGGGUUCUCCAGUAAAAACCAACUCGAGGACAGAAGACACGAGGAGACACAACAGGAAUGUGGUUGAUGGUGUCACAGCGCCCUCUGGCUCCCAGACUCAGAGAGCAGGGGGUGUAGCUGGUCCGGGGGGGGUUGAGAGGGUGAGGAGGGAGGCUCACCUGGCUGCUCUGAGGUACGACGAGGAGAGACAGAGGAAUCGAUCUCUGCAGAGAGACUCCACCAAGAACGCAGCUCAGAGUCCAACAAAGUGCAGUCCAGAGAGUGAGAAUGUUUACCCCUCCAGACGCUCCACCCACACAGAUGACUCCGCCCUCUUUAUGGUAAGAGUUUGGCCACGCCCCAAAAAUCCACUAACUACUCAAAAUAAAUAAAUCAACAAUUUAAAUAAAAUAUGUUUUACUAACUAUUAAAAAUAAAUAAAUCUCCUAACAACUAAAAAUAAUGACAUGAAGCAAACUAACACCUUAAAAUAUGAAACACUGAACUCCACUUACUGACCUGUCGCCCCCACGACCAGCUUCCUCACACUUUAACUUUAAGUUUGAAUUUAACGUUUGUUUACUGACUGUUGAAACUUAACGUUUGUUUACUGACUGUUGAAACUUAAUGUUUGUUUACUGACUGUUGAAAUUUAACGUUUGUUUACUGACUGUUUAAACUUAACGUUUAGACAUGUCUGUUGGGUUCCAGUGGAAUUUAAGGUUAAUAAGAAAUGGAAUUCUUUAACAUGGUGUCUGAGAUGUGAAAGAAGCUCUGAUGUUAGUGUUAGACUCAGACAUUAGACUCUGACAUUAGAUUCGGACAUUAGACUCGUACAUUAGACUCGGACAUAAGACAUGGACAUAAGACAUGGACAUCAUACACGGAAAUUAGACACGGACAUUAGACUCGGACAUUAGACUCGGACAUAAGACAUGGACAUCAUACACGGAAAUUAGACACGGACAUUAGACUCGGACAUUAGACACGGACAUUAGACUCGGACAUCAGACACGGAAAUUAGACACUGACAUUAGACUCGGACAUAAGACAUGGACAUUAGACUCUGACAUCAGACAUUAGACACGGACAUUAGACUUGGACAUUAGACACGGACAUUAGACUCGGACAUCAGACAUUAGACACGGACAUUAGACUCGGACAUUAGACACGGACAUUAGACUCGGACAUCAGACACGGAAAUUAGACACUGACAUUAGACUCGGACAUAAGACAUGGACAUUAGACUCUGACAUCAUACACGGAAAUUAGACACGGACAUUAGACAUGGACAUAAGACAUGGACAUUAGACACGAGACAUCAGAUAUGGACAUAAGACACGGACAUUAGACUCGGACAUAAGACUCGGACAUAAGACACGGACAUCAGACUCGGAUAUUAGACUCGGACAUCAGACACGGAAAUUAGACUCGGACAUAAGACACGGACAUUAGACUUGGACAUCAUACACGGACAUUAGACUCGGACAUUAGACUCGGACAUUAGACU